AUGUCUGCUAAAAAAGGUGUUUCUAAACUAUUUAAAUCUCUGAUCUACUCUAAGCAUAGUGUGGAGGAUUGUACUCAAGUGUUAAGCUUGCACUCAUAUUCUCCUGUUUUAACCCCUUCUUCUAUUAUUUUAAAAACAUUGGCUUUCCCAAUUAAUCCAAGCGAUAUUAACCAAUUGCAAGGUGUGUACCCAUCAACACCGGAAAAAACAUUGGAUUACCAAACUGGCGAUGUACCAAGUGCAAUUGCAGGCAAUGAAGGUGUAUUUGAAAUUGUAGAUAUACCUGCCAGUUCCACCAGUAAAUUGAAAAAGGGUGACUGGGUCAUUCCAUUAAAGGCAAAUUUUGGAACUUGGUCUACCUACCGCACUUGUACCGAUCCAGAUGAUCUAAUUAAAGUUAACGGUUUAGACUUGUACACAGCUGCUACCAUUGGUGUUAAUGGAUGUACCGCAUGGCAACUAAUUCAUAACCAUAUUUCAAAAUGGAAAAAUGAUAAUUCAGAAUGGAUUGUCACCAAUGCGGGAACUUCCCAAGUUGCCAAAUUAGUAACCCAAAUUGCCUCUUUUUUGAAAAUAAAUACCUUAAGUGUAAUUAGAGAUCGUGAUAAUUUCGACCAAGUAGCUGACGUUUUGAAGAAAGAAUAUGGAGCUACACACGUUAUUAGUGAAUCUCAAAAUAUGGAUAAAACCUAUAACAAGGAAACCUUGCCCUCUAUAAUCGGUAAAAAUCCAGAUUUCAGAUUGGCCUUAAAUAGUGUUGGAGGCAAAUCAAGUACUGCUAUUGCUAGAAAAUUAAAAAAAAACGGUGUUAUGUUAACCUAUGGUGGAAUGAGUAAGCAGCCUGUUAUUUUGCCAACUUCUUUAUUGAUCUUUAAAAACAUUCAAUGUCUAGGUUUUUGGGUCACUGAAAAUGGUAAACAAAACCCUCAAAGUAAAGUCGAUGCUAUAGAAAAAUUGCUUCCAUUGUAUACUGAAGGGAUUAUCAAAUCACCAAAAAACGAUUUAAAUAUCUUGGAAUGGGACAUUAGUGGUGGAAUGACAGAUGGUACAGCUUUACAAUUAAUCAAAGAUGGGAUUACUAAGAAGGGUAAAAAGAAUUUAAUAGUUUUGAAACAUUGA